AUGAUAUGCGUGCCCUCCGGCAUUCUGCUGCUGGGGUCCCUGCUGAUGACUGACUCCCCGAAUUCACUCGUCACCCGCGGCAAGCGGGACGCGGCGCGCAAGUCGCUGCGGCGGCUGAGGGGGGUGGAUGACGUGGACGCUGAGUUGGAGGACCUGGUCAGGGCCGCUGCGUCCGCAGGCGUUGUCAACACGCGCGCCGCGUGGCGCCUGCUGGCGUCCGAGCGCAAGUACUGGCCGAGCGUGAUCGUGGCGUUCAUGGGGGUCACGUUCAAUUGGUGGUCCGGCAACGCGGCCGCAACAUUCUGCCUGUGCCUCCUGGACCGCUUCAAGCGCCGCACCCUGCUGUUCUGGUCAGCGGCGCUGCAGGCCUCAGCCCAGGCCGUGGCCGCCGCGCUGUUCGCGGUCUACCUGGUCGACGCACCAGACGCGGUGGUGCCCGCCGGCGCCGGCAAGGGCAUCCUGGGCAUGAUCAUCAUCUAUGAGCUGGCGUUCAUGGCGGGGCAGAACACGACGGUCACCGCCAUCAUGGGAGCGGCCGCGGCCGCGGCCCUGUGA